AUGACAGAUAUCAUAGGCAGAAGUACCAUGAACAUGCCUGAUACUGCAAACAGCAGUACCCUAAACAUGAUGGACACAACAGGCAGCAGUACCCUAAACAUGAUGGACACAACAGGCAGCAGUACCCUAAACAUGACGGACACAACAAGCAGCAGUUCCCUAAACAUGAUGGACACAAUAGGGAUCAAUACCCUAAGCAUGACUGAGACUAUAGGAAGCAGUUUCCUAAACAUGACAGACACAACAAGCAGCAGUAUCCUAAACAUAUUGGGCAUAUCAGGCAGCAGAUCCCUAAACAUGAUGGACACAACAGGCAGCAGUACCCUAAACAUGAUGGACACAACAGGCAGCAGUACUCUAAACAUGAUGCAUGCAACAGGCAGCAGUACCCUAAACAUGAUGGACACAACAGGCAGCAGUACCCUAAACAUGAUGCACACAACAGGCAGCAGUACCCUAAACAUGAUGGAUGCAACAGGCAGCAGUACCCUAAACAUGAUGGACACAACAGGCAGCAGUACCCUAAACAUGAUGGACACAACAGGCAGCAGUACCCUAAACAUGCUGGACACAACAGGCAGCAGGACCCAAAACAUGCUGGACACAACAGGCAGCAGGACCCAAAACAUGCUGGACACAACAGGCAGCAGUACCCAAAACAUGCUGGACACAACAGGCAGCAGUACCCAAAACAUGCUGGACACAACAGUCAGCCGUACCCAAAACAUGCUGGACACAACAGGCAGCAGUACCCAAAACAUGCUGGACACAACAGGCAGCAGUUAUUUAGCAUCACUGACAUGA